UCCACUUUCUCUCUCUUGUAUACUGCACCUGGUAAAGCAAAAGCAGUUUUCUUCUGUCUACAUGAAAUAUCACUGAAAACGGAGAAUGCAUAUUAGUGUACUAGCAAUUUUUUCUGCAAACUGUGCCUGAAGGAUUGCUUGCUAAUUCUGCUUGGAAUAGGAAAAGUGGUGAACAAACAGGUUUUUAGUUUUGUGAAUAGAGGACUGAUGGCGAUUGAAAAGGUGACAGAUAUUCCUUCUGAUAAUGUGUAUGCUUAUGCAUUAUCAAAAACCCUCAUGAAGGUCUCUUCUCCUGUGACGGUGGGAUUGUAUUCAGAUUGUCACAACAGAAUCAACAUGGUCCUCAAGAACAUUGAGGUUCAUAUGAAUGAAGAGGCCAAAAGAAGAGAAGAGAAGUGCAACAAGAAACCAAGGCCUCGCUCAAUUACUCCCUCUAUUUCUGAUGUGCUUUCUCUGAUCUUGCGACUUCUCUUCUAUCGGCCUGUGUGGACAGAGCAGAACCAGAACAUGAAGAAUAUUCGUUAUUUGUUUGUGAGGUUCAGCGCUUGGCAUUUUGCAGGCAGCGACCUUCUCUGGGCUGGACUGAUAAUGCAAUUGAGCAAGGCUAUUCAAAACAGCUUUGGUAAACUCCAGCUGGGCCUCUUUCGAAUCGUCCAGCAUGAUAAGGAGAAAGAUGCAGGGAAAAAGAAGAUUGAGGAUAUUCCCAAGAACUGGAGAUCCAAAAAGUUGGGCUGCAUUCCCAUUUGGGCGCUAAUACUUAUAGGAUUCAUUGGCUCACUUGUUCUUUUGGUUCCUCUCGUCAUGUUUGGAUUUCCUGAUCUAAAGGGACACAAUGAAGGAGAAAAGGUUGAGGAGUCCAGUGGUUAUGGAGUGCUGGAAGGUUUCGCCAUUGCUGUACUUGGUGUUCCUGCAGUCGGGGCUCUACGAUUUAUAUUAUUGUUGUUGAAGAACCUUAUCUUUAACCAAGACCUCAAAAUUAGACAAGGGCUGGACAACAAUAAGGUAAGUCAGCAGCUGGGCCUAAUGCAUGAGGUUCGGUUGGAGAUGAGACUGCUGUGCUGCUUCAUUCACUUUAUGGAGAUAUUUGAAAGGAGAAGGAUCAGGGUGGUGUUGGAGAUCACCAGUUUGGAUCGUUGCACACCAAAGAAAAUCGUAGGUGUUUUGGAUGCUAUCAAUAUUCUCUUAUCUGAUUCAGAGAGUCCUUUCAUUUCUGUUCUUGCUGUAGAUCCAGAAGUCCUGGUUAGACAGGUUCAGCAGGCAGAAGACUGUAUAACCAAAAGAGAUUCUGCAUAUGACUUUCUAGACCGUAUAAUCACACUGCCCUUCACUGUGCCUCCACUGUCUAAUGCCUCCAAGUCCAGUGUUUUUGAAAACAUUGUCCUCGGUCAGUCUGAGAUCUCUGAAAAUAUUUCUCUUGUAGAGGCUGAAACAUCUGCUUUAGGAGAUCAACAGAGGACAUCAUUCUCUGUUGAAGAUGAGUGUUCUGUAAAGUACAGUGAGCCUGAAGAAGAACAAGCCAUUCCUUUCAUUGCAAAAAAAAGAAACACUGAAACCUUUUCUGCAGCAGAACUUAAUUUUGAAGAAGUGGAUAAGCUGACUGAGUCUGCAUUUUCCUACAUCACCUCAAGAGAUAAAAGCAAACUUUCAACUUACAUAUCUGGAGACACUAUGUCGAUGAGAAGGAUCAUUAACUCCAUUCGAGUAACCAUUAUGAUUAUGGAGACCUCGAAAUUGGAGCCUCCACAUCCAGAGAAUAUUGCUGCAUGGGUGAUUUUGGUGGAUCGCUGGCCUUGCAGACUAAGUUGGAUUCUUCAAUGUGUUGAAGAUGACCAACAGAGUGACGAGAUAUGUAGACCAAUCUGUGCUGUUGAUAAUACCAAGAAAUUAUGGGAUGUGUUUAAUUGCUAUAGUCUGGAGCUCUCCAUCAUUGCAUAUUCAGUAGAGAAUUUUCUGGAGAGAGAUGGGGAUCCUGAGCUCUUCGAGAUGUUCUUAAAGAAUCAUUUCAAAUUCACCGUAGAGGAUUUGGAGAAGUUUAAGUUUUGCACAAUGAACUUAAACUACUCCAUCAAGAAUGAGCUGGCCAGGAUCCGUGGGAGCCGCAGACUCAAGAGGGCAGGGAGGAGUGCUUUCCAGUCACUCUCAGCACGAACUGUAAUGAACAUGGAAACAAAAGACAUUUGUCAAGAGCUGUCAAAGCUAAAAUUUCCAGAGAAAUAUCUUGAAACAGUAAGGGAAAAUUUCAUAGAUGGAAAAACGAUUCUCCUCAGCGACCCCAAAGACCUCAGGCAAGUCCUGCAAAUGACUCUGGGUGAAUGGACGUCUUUUAAAAUUCAUUUCCUCGGGGUCAUACCUUCUAAUCAUCCAGCACAGGCAAAAACUCUUCCAAACGCCACAAACCCUGAAGUGGUCAUAUGUCUAUCUGGCAAAGGGCAGUAAGCAGUAUCUGACCUUGAGGUUUGCAUCACUGCAUUUUCUUGUGCAUGCUUUCAGUGAACUAAGAAUGUUUCAGGAAACAAAACUGCAUUUCUACAAAAUACUAUUCUUUUACGGCCAGGUUGUAAAUGGACACCAGCAAAUCAAAUGCAACAAAUGAUGACACUUAAAAAUGGAGCUUUGCUGCGCAGAAAACAAAUCAGUCUUCAAACAGAUCAAAUUUUUUUAUAUGUAUAAUUUAUAUUAGGAAUGAGAAGGUUUCUUCAUUUUAAGCAUUAAAGGGCUUUUUCCAAUGAUUCUAAAUAAAAUAAAGUACUGAGUGUUAUUUCUGCAUAAAUCAAAAUAAAAAAGGAAGCACCAUUACCUUUUAAAUAGCAUAAAAUGUAAUGCACCUACAUUCAAACUUAUGUAAAUAUUAGUUUACUUAAUCUUGAUUAAUUUAGCGAUUCUAUCCAUUGAAUCUAUUGACUGAUAAUACAAACCUUAUAGGACUGUGCAACCAACUAGGUUUAGCUAGUUUACACUUAUUCCCAACACAUCCACACCUGAGACACAGCAGGUCCAAUAAUAACACCAUUCAUCAGGUUAAUACUGUCAGACCAUUGAUCCAAUCUGUGAAGGAAAAAGAAACAUAAUUCCGUAAGACAUUGGACUUUACAAAGCGACAUUUUAUGUUUGUAAAUUGUAAGGCUUCGGUUCAUGAAAACUGGUUAAAAUCUAAAAAAUCUUCCCCUCAGACAAAAAAGAUAGAUUUUUUUUAAGGGAGACAUAAAGUCUAAAAAUAAAACUGUAUGGUAUAUUUCGAAAAGUAUCUCAGAGGUCAUUUGUACAAGGUUCAUAUCUACACACAUAAAAUGUUUAUGGGCACCAAAGGUUCCUCUCGUACAAAAAGGUUUGUACAAUAAAGCAUUGCCACAAAACAUUGUGCAACAGUCAAACAGCCUCAUAUUCCUUUAAUUUACAAUAAAAAAUACUAGUAUGUGCCAUGUUGCACAUGAACCAUUUCUCAUGGAAUUUCCAUGGCAGCUCCAAAGUUUCCGGUUUCAUUAGGGCUAUAUCAUUCUGAGUUUUUCCAUACAAAAACUUUGGCAGUGUUCAGAAUCUGUACUUUGACACUUUAGUUUUACUUUCUAUAAAACUUUAAUAUAGGACUGAAUGACAGCGUGCAGAUGUUUUUUUAAUCGCACUGCCUGUCACUGAGUUUUACUUUAUGCUCUGUGGGAAUGGGGCUUCUGAGAAAGCGGAGAAAAUAUAUAUCUCCCAUGCAGCUCAGCGAAGACCUCCCACGGAUCUAUGGCGGAACAUAAGACUAAUGCAAAAGUUUGAAUUAUAAGUUAUGGUAGUCAAAUAUGCACUACUGUGCAAGCAACAUGAAACAACAUCCUAGAAAAUCUGAAAAAAAUAUUUUUUAUAUAUACAGUCAUGGUUUGUAUAUACAUACAUAUGUUAGUGAUGUCAAAUGAGUAAUUGUGAUUAAUCGAAUCCAAAAUAAAGGUUUUUAUUUACAUAAGA